AUGCUGACUCAGACGACGGACAUGAGAAGUUUGGUCUCGACAAUGGCGCUCUUUCGGCAGUCCCUUACUCGGCUCGCACCUGCGAGCAGCAGCAUCCUGCCUGCUUGCAGCAGCGCCCUGCGGCAUUUUGCCACAGAAGCAGCCAGUGCAGCGGAAGGUGCAGAGAAGGCAUCGGUGGUGAAGACGUUUGCUGGCAAGAAGAACGAGAACAUCAAGAUGAAGAACAGGGAUCCAGAGAGGGCGAAGAGGAGGGAAGAGGCACUGAUGGACCUGGGCCUGAACGUGCCAGGGGGUGUUACUGAAAUCUACCACCUGAACCCCUCAAAGAAGUCUGCAACAGCGCCCCCCCGGUCAAGUUAUGCGGUUCCUUUUGUCCAUGGAAGUUUAGACUUCUGAGAAGACAGACAUCUCUUUUUAAGACACAAGUUUCAGAUCAUUCUUUCACUGCGGUAUCAGCAGAGUUCCAUAGGUAGAAAUUCAAUCAGGUAGCUAUGCAGAAGAAUCCAUUUGAAGUAUGGCAGGAUUCUUCAAGAACAGACCAGAACAAAUCAAUAAGAGUCGACAAUCCAUGUUCAAGGUAAACAGUCAAUUUUGAUCACACGGUGUCCAGUAAUAUAAAGUUGAAGAGAACAGACCAGCUUUUGAGGCAUUUUGUCAGACUCUGACCAUUAGAGGUACACUUUGGUUUGAGGUGCCAUACAAGUGUCCCGCAUCAGACAUCAAGUUGGCAUGUGUUUUGCUUGCACUUUUUUCUCAAUCACAAUCUCGUACCAUUUGACUUC